AUGUCUGGACUCGACGCCCCCGAUAUCGUGGCUGCCUACGACGAUGUGCGCAACGACAAGCUCGAGACCAAUUGGAUGCUCCUCUCCUACGCGGGAGCCGUGGGCAACAAGCUGGCACUGGCCGGGGCUGGAACCGGCGGUCUGAGCGAGCUGGUUUCGUCUCUGAGCGACGACGGGGUGCAGUACGGCUACGUGCGGAUCGAAUAUGCCAACGACAAGGAGAGCACGCGAGUCAAGUUUGUGCUGGUCAUCUGGAUCGGCAAGAACACAAAGGUGAUGCGAAAAGCGCGCGUUAGUGUCGAGAGCAGUGAGGUCAAGAAGGCGCUUGCGCAUCACCACUUGGCCGUUACGGCGGAGGAGGAGUCAGAGCUCAAGGAGGACGACCUUGUGAAGCAGCUGAGAAAGUCUGGAGGCGCGGAUUACAAUGGUGGACGAGGUUAA